UGCAAAUUGUUUUUAAAUAAUAAAUAAACAAGAAAUCUUUCCCACGAAAACGACAGUUGCUCUACUAAAGGCUAAUUUAAAAAAUUCAAAUUAUAAUAAUUGUGAAGUAUAAUUACAAUUAGGGUAAAUCUAAGUGUGUCCUAUGAAUCCAGAUAAGUCACUGCCAUCAAGAUCAUAGCAUUAGAAAAGACUGUACCGGCAAUUCCUCCCAAGUGACGAUAUAACCGUGCAUCUGGAAAGAUUUUAACAUUUUUGAAGUUCGAUUAUUCUAUUGUUAAAUAGGCUUGCAUUCCGAAAUUUCAUGAAGUAGUAUUGAGCAGGAUACUAAUUUCCCGCCAGGAAUCCGUAAAAAAUUAAACUCGUUCAAGAGAGGUAGCGACGUCAGUUUGCGCAAUUCGUAACAUAGUUUUACAAAUGCAUUGAUUAGAUGUAUUAUAACAGUGAAGUACCGAAAAAAUGUGGAAAUCAGUUAUGUAGUAAUCUAAUUUCGUAACGAUGGAAGAUAUAGAAUUUUUCUUUAAGAUAAUUCAAUAGAUCAUUAUUUCAAGACAGAUAGUACAUUCCACCGAUAAACACGACACGCCAUGUCACAUUGUUGGACAAUUUUAAAAGUAGGAUUUCAUUUUCCACCCGAAUUUGCGCGAAGUACGACUUCGUAAUAUCUCAUUCUAGUUAAGCUUCUUUCUUUUCCUUGCAGCUGCUUCCUCGAAUGGAGAGACACGCCAGUGGUGUUUAGCUCGUAAAGUUAAAAAAUAAUUCCACCUAUGAAAGAAUAUCUGAGAGAUAGUCAAUGCUUUCAUAGAACUAAACUUCUGAAUCAAUUCAGCAGUCAACACAUUCAUAGCUCCAUAUAGUUAACCCCUCAUCACGACCGAUCGAACUAAUUUUUUUCGGUAUCAUUUAUUGCUCGUUUGUCGGUGAAUGAUGGACUAUUAUAAACGUUUGACGGUUGUUAGCUUAUAUAAAUUUAUAAAAACAAAUUUGGCUAUGGAAUUUUUUUCAAAUAGUCCCUCGAUGGUCAACCUGAUUCCCCAUGGAGCGUAUUUUCUGUAACGCGUAACUUACGCAGCCAAUCGCGAACCCGCAACUCCGUUCUAUUAUUUAUCGGAAAACUAACAACGAUUCGUGAUUUGCUGGUAUAAGGAAAGGAAGGAAGGAAGGAAGGAGGGAGAUAGCUUCAGCACCACUCGUGGCACAUUUUCGAACUAUUACUCGAUACGAUAUAAGACCCGAUUUCUCAAGAUUCCUUCAUUACAGUUUUAUUUCUUGUGAAGCGUUCAUGUGUCUGACGUCUACUCGCCUGUAGACCACGAUCUUGUAUACAGGUCUGGGCACUUCCCUAUCCUCACCACGUUGUAGAUCGUAACCGUAACGUGGACAAUUUUGUCCGCAAGCGCUAGCGUCGAAAAUGCCAGCGCAUGCGCAUCAGUAAAUUCACUGCAACUUCUUAUCUCCGAUUCAAAAAGAAAGUUACACACAAAAAACCGAUGCAACGCCAAUUAAAUAAAAUUUAAUAAUCUAAUUUUAAAGUUAGACAAAUAAAGAAUUGAUGAUUAAAAAAACUGAAGUUAAAUGGACCACUUCACCUAAAAGUCAUGAAAAUUGAAUGAUGCUAUAAUUGCGUAUAUACUGAAAACUUUUAACUUGAUGAAGAUACCUCUGGACAAGUACAAAAAGUGAAAUAUCUGCAAAAGUAGAAUUUUUGUCGUAGUUAAGUUCAAUAGUAUAAAUAUUUUCUGUCUUUUGCACUUGUUGAAUUUAUGUUGCAUCACUAUAUGACAUUGGUUCCACAGGGUCCAAUUCUCUUUGUAAAAAGACUUUCUCCGGUUUGAGUGUAGGAAUUUCCAAUAAAAAAUAUUUCACAGGAGAUAUACUAACGUAUACAGUCAAUUUUUGCUCGUAUUGUAACUUUUUUACUGAAUUUAUUUGUAACUCCUGUGAGAUUUUCAAAUGCAAAUUCCUACCAUGGUGAUUCAAGAAGGCACGAUGCACUUUUUGGUCAUUCUUGCUUCUUUCAAUUUCAAUCACGGUAUAUAUUGCACAUUACGAACAAGCUGCAGGUCACGUAUUCAAGAAAAAGAUAACUGCGCACGCGUAGUGGUACCACGUGAUCGCAUUUUCAACACUAACGCCUCUUGCGGUAGAUCCACCUUAAGGUUACGCGUUUUUCGCCUAAGUGCCCAGACCUGUUGGGUGCUUUCCAUUUACAUAACUUUUGUGUCGACUCAUGUCGACUCUCGAAAACGAAUAAAUGGAACACAGAUACUCUCGUAAAUUCACCGCUCUAGCAGAGUCUUCCCGAGUCGACUUGUGUUGCCGACAAACGGCGACCCAAAUCAAAUGGAAAGCACUUUUGACGACACAAGUCGACUUGUGUCAACUUGUGCCAGUAAAUGGAAAGCACCCAUACAAGAUCGUGGUCCAGACCUGGGGGUCAAUUGUGUAACUCAAGUGGAAUCAACAAUGGAAGAGAUGCGUCACCCACCGCCACCCCCAAUGCUAGGUAGCAUAGCUGGUGUACCGAACCACUCUAAUAAUGUGCAUCGUCGAAGCAGAGCUCCACGCGUGGCAGUCCACGCGCUGAUGUCUGAAACUCUGUCGCUGGAUGAAGCAGUUCGGUUGGAAAUGAAGGCUCUACCGAGCAAGACGCCGGUUUCCGUACUGCAGGAGUUGCUCUCCCGUCGUGGCACUACGCCCAAGUACGAACUCGUCCAGAUCGAGGGUGCCAUCCAUGAGCCAACCUUCCGCUAUCGCGUCACCGUUACCGAUGUCGUUGAUCCAAUCGUUUCAGCAAUGGGUACCGGUCGGUCCAAGAAGGAGGCCAAGCAUGCUGCCGCCAAGGCUGUCCUCGACAAGCUCAUCGGCGUUAAUACUGAGACAGCUGAUGCUCCCCUGCCUAACAGUAUCCCAGACUCUCAGAAUCUCCAAGAGCUCCAGGGUGGUUAUGGCGAAGAUAAGGUGAUCGGUAACCCUAUCGGUUCGCUUCAAGAGAUGUGCAUGACUCGACAUUGGCCACCACCAAAGUACACCACGGAAGGUGAAGCAGGGCUGCCACACGAGCGUCAAUUCACGAUUGUGUGCUCAAUCCUGAAAUAUCGACAGGUCGGACAGGGCAAGAGUAAGAAACUAGCUAAGCGGCAGGCUGCUCAAAAAAUGUGGCAGGCACUUCGUGAUACUCCUGGCAUCGACGAUGAGGAGGUGAGCUCAACCUUCUUCCCCUCAACAAGAAAGGAUGUCUUUCUUCGUACCCUCCCUGGAAUCGGCUCAAGCAAAAUUACGACCUACAUGAGUUUCAAAGGUCCCGGUGAUGCACGAUCAAAAAUCAUUCAAAGAAACGCGAACGUGAGCGCCUGUUACGCUGAUCUGAAAGAUAGCAAAAUCUCGACGCUGACCACUCCACACAGCCACAAAGUCUCACAGUUUCACAAGAACCUCAAGUCUUCCACGGGUGUUAAACUAUGUCAGCUGCAGAAUACUUGCCUCAACGACGGGGAUGUGAACCUCGUACAGUUCCUUCAGGAAAUUGCCUCCGAACAGCAAUUCGAAGUAACAUACGUCGAUAUCGAGGAAAAGUCCAUUAGCGGAAAAUGUCAGUGCUUGGUGCAGCUUUCGACACUGCCGGUUGCAGUGUGCUAUGGUUGCGGUCUUACGAGCAAGGAUGCUCAAGCGAGCGCUGCACAGAAUGCCCUGGAGUAUCUGAAGAUCAUGACUAAGAAGUGAGCCAACGCUCUACUCCUGCCAGCCGUCAC